GGUCUGUCAGUGCUCUUGAACAAGGAGUAAUAUUACCACAAGAACUUUGCUGAAACAAAGAAGUCAUCUUGAACAAAUGGGGAACUAUAAAUCUAGACCAACUCAAACUUGCACUGAUGAAUGGAAGAAAAAAGUGAGCGAAUCAUAUGCUAUAAUCAUUGAAAGAUUAGAAGAUGACCUCUUAAUCAAAGAAAAGGAGUUUGCAGAACUGAAGCAUGUCUUCAGCUCCGAUGAAGCCUUCAGCAAAGUUAAUUUAAAUUACCGUACAGAAAAUGGGCUGUCUCUUCUGCAUUUGUGUUGUAUUUGUGAUGGCAACAAAUCACAUAUUAGGACUCUUAUGCUGAAAGGCCUGCGCCCAUCCAGGUUGACAAGAAAUGGGUUUACUGCUCUGCAUUUAGCAGCUUACAAGGACAAUGCAGAACUUUUAACAGCCUUGUUGCACAGUGGAGCUGACAUCCAGCAAGUUGGCUAUGGAGCACUUACAGCUCUCCAUAUUGCUACAAUUGCUGGUCACCAUGAGGCUGUUGAUAUUCUUCUGCAACAUGGGGCAUACGUCAAUGUGCAAGAUGCAGUUUUUUUCUCCCCUUUACAUAUUGCAGCAUAUUAUGGUCAUGAACAGGUAACCCGACUCCUGCUGAAAUUUGGUGCUGAUGUGAACGUCAGUGGAGAAGUUGGAGACAGGCCCCUUCAUUUGGCUUCAGCAAAAGGAUUUCUCAACAUUGCUAAACUUCUGUUGGAGGAGGGCACCAAGGCUGAUGUGAAUGCUCAAGACAAUGAAGACCACGCUCCCCUACACUUCUGCUCUCGAUUUGGGCACCAUGAUAUCGUCAAGUUCUUACUCCAAAGUAAUUUUGAAGUCCAGCCCCAUGUGGUUAAUAUUUAUGGAGACACACCUUUGCACCUUGCUUGCUACAAUGGAAAGUUUGAAGUUGUAAAGGAAUUACUUCAACUCUCAGGGACAGAAAGUCUCACCAAGGAGAAUAUAUUCAGUGAAACUGCCUUUCACAGUGCAUGUACCUAUGGCAAGAACAUAGAACUAGUCAAAUUUCUCCUUGAUCAAAAUGUGUUGAGUCUCAACCACCAAGGAAGAGAUGGGCAUACAGGGUUGCAUUCUGCUUGCUAUCAUGGCCAUAUCCGUCUCGUCCAAUUUUUACUAGACAAUGGAGCUGAUAUGAAUCUGGUUGCCUGCGAUCCCAGCAGGUCUAGUGGUGAGAAAGAUGAGCAGACCUGCUUGAUGUGGGCCUAUGAGAAAGGACAUGAUGCUAUUGUCACACUGCUGAAACACUACAAAAGACCUCAGGAUGAAUCGCCUUGUAACGAAUACUCCCAACCUGGGGGAGAUGGAUCCUAUGUGUCAGUUCCAUCUCCCCUAGGGAAGAUUAAAAGCAUGACGAAAGAAAAAGCAGAUGUUCUUCUUCUCCGCGCUGGUUUGCCAUCCCAUUUUCACCUCCAGCUCUCAGAAAUCGAGUUCCAUGAAAUUAUUGGUUCAGGAUCAUUUGGGAAAGUAUAUAAGGGAAGAUGCAGAAAUAAAAUAGUGGCAAUCAAACGAUACCGAGCCAACACCUACUGCUCCAAAUCAGACGUUGACAUGUUUUGCCGAGAAGUUUCCAUCCUGUGCCGACUCAAUCACCCCUGUGUCAUCCAGUUUGUUGGUGCUUGCCUGGAUGAUCCAAGUCAGUUUGCAAUAGUUACACAAUACAUAUCUGGAGGAUCCCUCUUCUCUCUGCUGCAUGAACAAAAAAGGAAUCUUGACUUGCAGUCAAAAUUAAUCAUUGCAGUAGAUGUUGCCAAAGGUAUGGAGUACCUUCACAAUCUCACCCAACCAAUUAUACAUCGUGACUUGAACAGUCACAAUAUCCUCCUGUACGAAGAUGGUCAUGCUGUUGUUGCUGAUUUUGGAGAAUCCAGAUUUCUGCAGUCUCUGGAUGAAGACAAUAUGACAAAACAACCUGGGAACCUGCGCUGGAUGGCCCCUGAAGUAUUCACACAGUGUACUCGCUACACUAUAAAGGCCGAUGUUUUCAGCUAUGCCUUGUGUCUCUGGGAACUGUUAACAGGGGAAAUUCCAUUUGCUCACCUCAAACCAGCGGCUGCAGCAGCAGACAUGGCCUACCAUCACAUCAGACCUCCAAUAGGCUACUCAAUUCCCAAGCCCAUCUCAUCAUUGUUAAUGAGGGGCUGGAAUGCAUGUCCUGAGGGAAGGCCUGAAUUUUCUGAAGUGGUCUCCAAAUUAGAAGAGUGCCUGUGCAAUAUUGAGCUGAUGUCACCAGCCUCUAGCAACAGCAGUGGUUCUCUUUCUCCUUCCUCUUCCUCGGAUUGCCUGGUUGCUCGAGGAUGCCCUGGGCGCAGCCAUGUUGCUGCUUUACGAAGCCGUUUUGAGCUGGAAUAUGCCUUGAAUGCAAGAACUUAUGCUGUCUGGUCACAAAGCACUGGACAGCACCCUUCUCAAGGUCUUUCUCUGGAAGAAAUGAGGAGAAAUUUCCAGUACCCGCCUAUUGACCGAAAUGGUUAUGUCUCAGAUCCCAUGAGUACAAUGCGAUUUCAUUCCUGCAGCAACAGCGGCAGCUUUGAAGACAGUGCCUGACAGCAGGAACCAUCUACUUGUCGAGAGUUUCUCCACGAAGCGGCAGCAACGAUUCUUCCUGGUGUCAACGCAGCUCCCAGUCAUCAUAUGUUACAUCAAAGAGCCCCACGUUGGCUAGCUUAUUUACUGAUAGCUAAUGCUUCCAUCAUAAAUUAUUCUUCAACCAUUCUCUUUCUGUGCCAGCAAUUUAUAGGCGGUGUGGGGAGGAAAUAAAUCCAUCGAAGUUUGGGGUUGUACCAAGCUUGCCCUUGGGAUAUACUGCAUCCAUGCCAGGGAACAUAAUCAGAGACUGGAAUAUUUUUUUUAUUCAUUACCCAUGAGUUGGGAGGGAAAGGUAAUUGUUACACUCUGGGAGGUCCCGAUUUGGGGGCUUCCCACGGUGUAACAAUUACCCUGCCUUUCUCACCUCAAGCUUAAUGGAGAAAAUAGAUUGCUCAGCAUCAUGUCCCAUGGGAUAACCUCCUCUCCUUCUCUUUCAGCUACAAAUCCCUGGGUCUCAUCUCUUGUUGAAGCCUAGGCUAGUGGUUCCGGAAUGCUGUAUGGUCCUCUAUCUAACGCUGUCUAUAUCUUCCAGGGCUUCUUGGCUUGAUGCAUCUCAAAGCACCCAACUAAUUCAGUGAGAAGUUCAGGUACAGAUAUGUUGUGGAUACCUUGGAGUCUUACUGGAAUGCAGUGUAGUUUAAAGUUGUAUUAUUCAGUUUAAUCAGCUGGUUGGUGCCAAGAGACCGGGCUUGUCUUUCUGUGGCCGUUCUGUUUAAAGUUGCCAGUUUAACACAUUAUGUUAAUCCUCUCUUGAAUGUUCAUUUGAGUUUUGCAUAGCUCAACAAUAAAACAAUUGUGUA